UGAAGCGCGAGAUAUUUUUUUAAAAGUAAAAAACAACAGUAGAAGAAGAAUCGGAUUCUUAUAACAAUAUAACGACGCAUCGCAGCAGCGGUACCCAACUCAACACUAUUAACCAGCAGGGUCAGCGACUCAGUAUGGGUUCAUUGAGAAGUGAAUCGGGAUCAAAUAUGGAGCAAUUUCUGUGCAACCGGUUACUCGAUUCAACCCAGCCCAUCUCCGAGCGGUUCAGAGCUCUCUUCUCCCUCCGUAACCUCAAAGGUUCCGCUCCACGCGACGCCCUUAUUCAUGCGACGAGGGAUUCUUCGAAUUUGCUAGCGCAUGAGGCAGCAUUUGCUCUAGGUCAAAUGCAAGAUUCUGAAGCUAUCCCUGCUUUAAUAUCGGUUUUAAACGAUUUUGCGCUGCAUCCUAUUGUUCGUCAUGAGGCUGCAGAAGCUCUUGGUGCAAUUGGUUUAGAGAGUAAUAUUCCAUUGCUUAAAAAUAGUUUGGCCGUAGAUCCGGCUCAGGAGGUUAGAGAAACAUGUGAACUCGCUCUCAAGCGAAUUGAGGAAAUGAGUGGUGCAAAACAUAGUGAUGGUAAAUCUGAGACUGAGAGAUCGCCUUUUCUGUCAGUUGACCCUGCUGCACCAGCUUCUUCGUGCUCCUCGGUUGAUAAAUUGAGGGAAGUUCUUUUGGAUGAAGACAAGGGCAUGUAUGAUCGCUAUGCUGCUCUAUUUGCUCUUAGAAAUAAUGGAGGAGAUGAUGCCGUUUCUGCUGUAAUUGAAUCACUGGGUGCCAAGAGUGCUCUGCUUAAGCAUGAGGUCGCUUAUGUUUUGGGCCAACUGCAGAACAAAGCUGCUUCAGCUGCACUUAGCAGAAUACUAAGAGACGUAAAUGAGCAUCCUAUGGUUAGACAUGAGGCUGCCGAAGCUCUUGGUUCCAUUGCUGACGAACAAAGCAUUGCAUUGCUCGAGGAAUUUUCAAAGGAUUCUGAGCUUAUUGUCUCACAAAGUUGCGAAGUUGCUCUUAGCAUGCUAGAAUAUGAAAGAUCAGGAAAAUCGUUUGAGUUUUUUUUCAUGCAAGAUCCUCUAGCACAAGCGUAAAUUCUGAAACGAGUAUACCGAUGGAUGUACCAAUUUCAAAUCACCUUAUCAUCGCAUUUUUUGAGAAGAUAAUUUUGCGAAAUAAGAAAGAAGAGAUUAUUCUGGAGAAUUAAGGAUAAGAGGAUUGAUUAUACUUGAUUUAAUACUGGUAUUUAUCUGACCUGUACUAAUAUGUUUGUAAUGCUUGUAAUUUGUGAUGGCAUGAGUACUUUGUGGUAGACAUAUUUUAUGGUAUUUGUAGUGCAGGAGUUGAGCUAAGUUUUGUAAUGCUUGUAACGGUCGAUUUGUUUAAAUAAAGUGAACUUUAUCUA